GGCUGCAUUCUGAUAGCAGAUCCUCUCUUCAACCUACUGGAAAGUGACUUUCCACCCAGCGCUUGAAGACGCCUCAGGUAGCCGAUCGGUUGAGAAGCGGAAGGAAACUUUGCAACGUGGUGUGAGAAUGAAGCUCCUGUGCAUCGCGGCCGUGACGCUCUGCGUUUGCGUCCUUCUCUCCGCGGCCGUGCCCUUCUCCCAGACACUGACACAGGAGACCGGCCGGGGGGACACGCGAAAUGAGGAGCGCUGGACACCAGCAGCUGCAGAGGAGACCCAUCCAUUGGCCCUCCUAAGGACGAAGCGGCAGAGCCACCUGUCCCUGUGCCGGUAUUGCUGUGGCUGCUGUAAAAAUAAAGGCUGUGGUUAUUGCUGUAGAUUUUAAGCACCUUGCUGGACACACGGGGCCGGACCACUGCUGCGAAGAUUAACUUAUUACUGACAUAUUUCUUACUCCUAUACUGCACUGGAUUUUUUUUCCUGGUCAUUUAAUUCUUAUUCCUGAAACCAGAUAAAUCUAUAAACGGCAAUCUUUUGGUUAUGCAAUUUUAAUAGUUUUCUUGACUAUGCUCAGAGCUCGUCCGCUGGAUUCCGUUUUAAUGUAUCAUUUUGUUGCUCGAAUCGGUUGACAAAAUAACAGAUUUGUAUGUUUUUUAUGUAUAUUCGCCAUGUACUUAGCAGUUGUUUUGUACACAAGUUUUUUUUGUAUCGAUUUAUAUCGAUAUGUUUCAGA